UAUUAAGCACUUUAUAAAUGUUAGAUAAGAGAUUAUAAACCUGUGACAUUCACAUGGAAUAGCAAUGAACUGCAUUACAUUUUAAUAAAUACUUUUAGUGGAUCAUGUGAUUAACAAUUGCUUAAUUAAUUAAUUGCUUAAUUUGAUUAAGCAAUUUUAUAGGAAUUGUGUGAAUUGGUUGUCAUAGACUGAGUCGGUGAAGAAAAAUUGUAAUUGUGUGUUGAAGUAAAGUUCUUUUCAUCUCUGAAUUAAUAGUGAAAGUCAGUGGGGGAAAUAAUUGUUACCUUAUUUAUAAACAACUCACGUAUGUAGUGAGGUAAGUUUUACUCAAUUUUAUCAGUUUCUCUUAUUGACUGAAGCAUUACUCUAGGGUGUUUUCCCCUAGGUUGUUUUUACUGUACACUUUUAAAUAGGCAUUCACAGAAUUGAGUUUCAUUACCAUGAUUUAAAGUCUUCUAUUUAGAUAAAGCAUUUGUUUAAUUUUACAAAUAUCAACGUGCUUGUGUUAAUAUUUUGUUUACUUUUUUCCUUGUGUAAUGGAUGCCUUUUAUACCUGUCUCUUCUAUUCUUUCCCAUUUAUACAGAUUUUUCUUAGAAUGCUCUUCCUCUGCAAGUAAUUCUUAUAGCAUUUUCUGCCAUUGUAGUAUAGCACUUCCCAAGUAACAUUGCAGUUGUAUAGGGUUUUGUUUAUUUGCUUAUCUGAUUAUCAUACUAGAUUUUAAGUUUCUUAAGGAUAAGGAGACUGCCUUAGCAGUCUUUUUCUUGCCAGCAACUAUCCAAGCUUUUAUGCCAAGUGGGUACUUACGUUGUUGGAUAAAGUGUACUUUAUAAAUAACUCUAUUUAACUGCAGAAUUUGCAGUACAGUAAUCUUUAAAAUUAACCUUUUGUUGUUAUUACUCAUGUUGCAUAGUAUUUCCCUUAUGUUUCUUGCCUUCUACUAUCUGGUCAAAAUCAGAAUUUGCAGUACUAUAGUACUAAAAGUUCAGUGGAUUCUAAACUUGGUGACAUUUGUAUCCUCAUCAGUCUUUUUUCUUAGAUUCUUCUUUCCUAUUCUGUUGAUAUAACCCUAGUUCUGGUCCUGAAAAAUACUGUGUUCCUUCUUUAGUCAGAUUUGUAGAUAGUAGUAGAUAGGAAUAGUUGUUACUAAUUUUGCUUAAUAUCCUUUUUUUAAGUUUGUUUUUGUUUUUUUAAGUUUAUUUAUUUAUUUUGAGAGAGAGAGAGAAAGUGUGCAUGUGAGCUAGGGAAGGGCAGAGAGAGGGAGACAGAGGAUCCAAAACAGGCUCUGUGCUGUUAGCAAGAAGCUUGACAUGGGGCUCGAUCCCACAAACUGUGAGAUCAUGACCUGAGCUGAAAUCCAGAGGUGGACUGCUUAACCGGAGCCACCCAGGUGCCCCAAUUUUGCUUAAUAUUCUUGUCCUAAUAGCUCAGAAAUGGUUAUUUGGUAGUUCUUUAAUGACAGGGCAAACUAUUCUCUUUUUUUUAUGGCCAGUUGUUGAAUUGCAUACCAAUGAGCCAUGUAGGUCUAGGUAAUCAUCUACUAAUUUGCUGACCUUUAGAGUGUAUUAUUUUCUUGUAAGCUAUAAAUCACUUGAGGUCAAAAGUUGGAGUCUCUUACAAUGCAUUUUUACAGACCUGAAACUUGUGGUACAUGUGUUCCAGGAAAGGCAAUUGACUAAAGGAUUGACACUCAAGAUUAAAGGGAAUGGAGAAAAUCUAUAUGGGAUAGGUAUAGAAAUAAUGUAUCUAGAAAGCAAAGGAAUAGUCAUGAGAGUUUGAUUAAUUGGGAUUCUUUAAGAGUUUGUCAUUGUGCAUUAUUAACAUGAUGAAAGACUCAGUGCUAUCAAAAUUGUGAACCUGACUUCUGUAUUUUAAAGUGUAGGUGGUCCCAUUUGGAAGUUUUUCUUAUUAUUGCUCUUACUCUUUUUGUUGUUAUUGCUGUUAAAUGUUUAUCUAUUUUGAGAGAGAGAGAGAGAGAGGAAGAGAGAGAAUCCCAAGUAGGCUCUGCAUGCAGAGCCCAAUGUGGGGCUCAAUCUCACAAACCUCGAGAUCAUAACUUGAGUGGAAACCAAGAGUCAGACACUUAACUGUCCAAGCCACUGAGGUACCCCUUAUUGCUCUUAUUCCUAUGGUUUCCUCUCAUUUUUAGGUAAAGAUGUUAUAUAGUCAUUACUGUGUGGUAGAGGCAGUUCUGAGUAUGAGUCUUGCUCAUAUUGAUGGUUUAAGUUCUUUAUUUAGGAAUUUUUUUUUCUUUUAGGAAUUCUUAUUUUAUUGUUUAUGAAAUUGUUUAGGGCCUUAGGGAUAAUAUUUUUAUUACUUCUUUCUGGGAAAAGAUUCCAGAACUCUUGAAAGGGCUUUGUUGGUGCUGUAAACUUUUAUAGACUUUAAGAAAGUAGUUGUAAUUAAAAGUUUCUGUGGUUUUUUUUUUCUUUCAAAAGGUAAUAUCUUUGUGUUUUUCCUCCAAAUUAUAAAAGUAACACAUUUAUUUUGGUCAGCAUUUUGUAAGUUAUCCAAAUAGUACAGAAGUACAAGUAGAAAGUAAAACCUGAGAGGUAUGUUAUCUUUACUUUUCAGAGAUAUUAAGUGAAAACGGUAUUGUGUAUAUUCUUCUAGAUUUUUUGUUAAUAACUUUAUAAACAUCUUUUAUUUUUUCUUUUAAGUUUUUAUUUAUUUGUUUUGAGAGAGCAUGUGGGAGGGGCGGAGAGAGAGGGAGAGAGAGAGAAUCCCAAGCAGGCUCUGCACUGUCAGCAUGGAGCCCGAUGCGGGGCUUGAACUCCUGAACCAGGAGAUCAUGACCUGAACUGAAAUCAAGAGUCAGAUGCCCAACUGACUGAGCCACUCACGUGCCCACAUAAACAUCUUUUAUGUGCAUUUGUAAAAAUGGUAUGAAAUGUAAACACCAUUCUGAAGCUAUCUUUAUUCACUUGCUUUUGUUCCAUGUCAGUUCAUACAGAGCUUCAAUCUCUAGCAGCCACAUUAAAUUUUUUUUUAAUUAAAAAAAAAAUUUUUAAAGGAACAGUUAGUGGCAAUAUAAUAAUAUAUUUUAUUUAACAUAAUGUAUAAAAUAUUACCAUUUCCACAUAUAUUAAAAAUAAUGAGAUGUUUUACAUCCAUUUUUUUUUCCAUAUGGAGUCUUUGAAAUUCGGUGUGUAUUUUACACUGAUGGCACAUCUUGAUUAGAAUGAUAAAUUUUCAGGGGUGCCUGGUGGCUCAGUUGGUUAAACAUCUGACUUUGGCUCAGGUCAUGAUCUCACAGUUUGUGGGUUCGAGCCCUGCAUCAGGCUCUGUGCUGACAGCUCAGUGCCUGGAGCCUGCUUUGGAUUCUGUGUCUCCUCUCUCUCUGCCCCUCCCUUGCUUACACUCUGUCUCUCAGAAAUAAACAUUUAAAAAAAUUUACAGAAUGAUAAAUUUUCAUUGGAAAUACUUGAUCUAUAUUUAGGUUUUAUUAUAUUUAUAGUUGAAAACAUAGAUUAACAUACCCAGAUUAUUCCAAACAUACUUUAUAGGAUGAAUUUCUAGAAAAAGUAUUAAUAGAUCAUAGGAUUAUUUAAAAAUUAAAAAAAAAAUUUUUUUAACAUACAUUCAAUUUUGAGAGACAGAACAUGAGUGGGGGAGGGGCAGAGAGAGAGAGAGAGAGGGAGACACAGAAUCCAAAGCAGGCUCCACGCUCUGAGCUAUCAGCACAAAGCUGGGUUUGGGGCUCAAACCCACGAACCGUGAAAUCUUGACCCGAGCCGAAGUUGAACACUUAACCAGCUGAGCCACCCAGGUGCUCCUGGUUUAUUUAAAAUUUUUGGUAGACUUUGCAAAAUUGUUCUUCAUAAUAUUGUACUGUCUUAUAGAGUCAGCAGUACACAAUGUCUGUUUUCCUAUGUUUCCAACACUGAAGAUGAUUGGUUACUCACACAGAAACUUUUUACCAAGGUAAAUAUUUUUACAUAUUUAUACUACUUGUUUUUCUUCCUACUUGUUGGAAGAAAAGGGUCACUCACUAUAAAUGUUUCCUUGCGGAGAACAACAAAAAGCAGGCUCAGAAGUCAUAAAAAGCUGUGAGGAAUUAAGGUUGGGUGCAAGGAUGCAAAAGAAUAACACAAAGAAGAUUUAAUCUGCUCUAGUACCAAGUAAAUCAAGGUCUUAAAAAAUUUACCCCGACGUGCCCUUUCUUAGGAAGCUUUUGGAAGUCUCUCAAGGAGAAGGAAGUAGAUGAAGAAAGAGGAGAGAGGUGAGGAAAAUUUCUUAGAAUAUGGAUACAUGAAUGAAGAUGACUUAGAGAAUAAAUUCAGAUUGGAGCAUGUUUUUGUCGGAUCCCAUGCAGAAAACAGAUGACAAAAUCAACCUGAGUAAUGGAAGAGAGUUUUAAUGAAGGGACUAUUUAAAAGAUGUGGGGUGAAUUAAGGGAACCAAGAAGUAUCCCAGCGUUAGCAACAGCCGGCUGCCUACUAAGCUUAGGCCUGAAUGGGCCAGGGAGGGAGCAGUACAGGAAUUUACUAGAGCUGCUACUGUAAGUCCAGGAGCCACCUAGUGGGAACUGUGGCCUUAGAGGAAGGUAACCCCUGCCAUAUCACAGGAGAAAGGUGAGGGUAUAAAGAACCCAAUCCUCUCUCCUCCCUCCCAAUGGGUACUUUGCCCUAGCUGAGCCCACUGGAAGCCAGAAGAUAAGAAAACAUGGUAAUGCAGUCUGUAGAGGUCAGCCUUCUUAGACCUGGAGUAGAUGGAGAAGGGUGAGUGAAUCUGGGCAAAAAGAAAAUAUCCAGCUUAGAGCUAGAGAAUGAAGGGCUCCAGGAAGGAGAUGACUAUAAAGCAAGAAAGAAACUAAUAGGUUACCUGAUUUAUUUGAAUGUGUACAUUAAAGAGUAAAUUGAUUCUUUUACCAGAACACAUGGAAAUGUAUUAGGGAUUUAAAAAGGAAAAUAUAACUUAUGGGGAGAAGAAAAUGUAUAAAUAAAUGCUACAGCAGGGACAUAGAUUAAGUACCCUAGAAGUGUAGGUUGUGGAUUUGAGCAGGCAGGAAUAAGGAAAAUUUCAUAAGACUCUUAAUGGUAGAGGAAAAUUUUAACAGAUAAGGAGUUGAACAGGAGGAUUUUUUUCCCCCCUGGAUGUAAGAAAUAAUAUGUAAAAAGCCGUGGAGGUGGGAAAUUGCAGGGCUUGUAUUAGAAAUAGCAGGUAGUUUUGGAAGAUAAGGGAGGGAGAAAUAGAGUGGGGAAGGUAUUUUAGAACUAAUUCAAGGGAGCCAUGUGAAUGACAGGCUAAGGAACUUGAAAUGGUCUCCAGAAGUUGUUAAAGUACCCUGGAGUCAAACAAUUCAGUUUGAGGCCCACCUGUGCCAUUUAGUUUUUGACAUUGGACAAUUUAGUGUCUUUACUAAGCUAAGUUACAAAAUUCGGCAAGAAGAUGGUUGUGAGGGUAAAAUGAAAUAAUGCAGGCUAGGUGUUUAGCACAGUGAAUGAAUGAUACACAGUAAACGCUUGGUAAACAGUAGCUGAAGAGAAGGGAAUGGCAACAAAAAAACUUUUGAAAAGGGACACUCAUGAUAAUAGGUGUGCUUCAGGAGAAUUUAUUUAGUACAGUUGACCCUUGGACAACACAGGUUUGAACUGCAUGGGUCCACUUACUUAUGAGGGUUUUCUUCUUUUCCUUAAAUACAGUACAGCUCUAUAAAUGUAUUAUCUUAUUAUGAUUUUCUUAGCAACACUUUCUUUUCUUUAUUUUAGAGCUAGAGAAUAUAGUAUAUAAUACAUAUGACGUACAAAAUACUUGGUAAUCAACUGUUUAUAUUAUCAGUAAGGUUUCCUGUCAACAGUAGGCUGUUAGUAGUUUAUGACUCCUAACCCCCAUGUUAUUCAAGGGUCAACUGUGUAAAGUGAGUGGCAACUAGAAAGACCAAGAUUGGGGCGACUUAAGUUCAUAGAAUAACCCACGAAAGAGAUAAUGUGAAUAUGAUUUAAGGUAGUGGUAUGAGAAUGGAGAAGCUAAGGGUAUAUGUGUGAGAUAUUAUGGAAGGAGAAUUGAUGUGUUGGUGUAAUUAAUUAUUAACAUAUUUAGGGAUAUUACAGUUAUGAUUCUUAGUACUUAAAUUUGCACCCAGGGACAGCUAAUUUAUCUGACAAGACUAAUCUGUCAAGUCUGUCUUAUUUUUAUGGUAUUCAUUUUUCAAGCUAUAAAUUAAUAUUAAAAAGUUUGUCAUGGUAGGACAUGUGGCUCAGUUUGGCAGCACAUACUGAAAUUGGAGCAAUACAGAGUAGAGAAUAACAUUGUUUAAAUGUCACUAGGAAACUGAAGUGUUUGUAGCUUAAUUUUAGUUUUCAAAUGAGGAGAGAAGUUUCUAUGAAUUUUUACCAUUUCUCUACUUGACGACCUCUCCUCUGCUGAGUGUUUAGAAACUUUGAGCAAUAGAUGUCAUGCUACCACAGUCUGGUACUUGUAGUCUGUUAACAUAUAAGCGAAAUUAAUUACUGGGUUAAAAUUUGUUUUAUGAAGCAGUCAGUUGAAAAGACGAAUUCUCUCCAAUCAUAUUUUAAAAGUGAAAGAAUGAUGUAAUUAUGUGAGUUUUGAAUGAAGUAUGUAGUCAGUGUAGUAUCAUCUUAUAGAGAUGUAACUAACAAUGGACUGUGGAUCCACACAAGAGUUCACUGAUGUGGAUUUUAGUUCCUGUUCUGUUACUUGUAGCUCUGUGACUUAACUUGCUGUGCCUCCACAUCUUCUGGAAGAUGUGUAGAUAUCCAACCUGCUUACCUUUCAGGCAAACUGGAGCUCAAAUGAGAUAAUGUACUUGAAUUUAUUAUGGAAACUUGAAAAGCGUUACAAAUGUAUGAAUAUGUAAAUUACUUAUAAAUUUUCAUCUCUAGCUUGUCCUCUUUGGUUUCCCUGUCUAGCAUUAACAACCUGCCAAAAAUGCCCUUUUAAAAUGGAAUUUAUCUGGUGCCUGCGUGACUCGGUUAAACGUUGGACUCUUGGUUUCAUCUCAGGUCAUGAUCUCAGUUUGUGAGAUCAAGCCCCACAUCAGGCUCUGUGCUGACAGUGUGGAGCCUGCUUGGGAUUCUCUCUCUGCCCCUCCUCCCCUCCUCUCAUAAAUAAAUAAACUUUUAAAAAAAGUAAAAUGGAAUUUAUCAUCUUUCCAGUUCUCCCUAUCCUCCUCCUCUCCCUCUCAAGGAGAAAAACCUUGUUCUCUGAGUUCUUCUAUUUUAAGGUCCCAUAAUUUUUCCCAGGUUCAAUUGUCAUGCUCAGUAUUUUAGAAUUAUAUUUGGCUCCUGGUCUCCAAAUCCUACCAGAUCGUCCUUUGUAAUAACUAUUGUUUGAAGUUAUCCCUUUUUCAUUCCUUCUGCUACUUCCUUUAUCCUCCCAUGCAUCAAGUAUUAAAACAUUAUCUCUGUUGGCUCUUCUACUUACAUUUCCCCUGGUCAACUCUGGUUGUUACAGUGUAGAUGUAACUUUCUAAAGAGCCCAUUUUUGCUUUUUUUUUUUUUUUAAACUCAGAAACCCAUAGUUUCCCAUUGCUUACAGGAGAAAAUGCAAACAGUUUAGCUUAGCAUUCAGAGUCAACUCUGGCUUUAUCGUCUAUCUCUUACACUGGCUCUGUUCCUUAUCAAGACUGUCCUUAUUCUCCAACUAGGCCAUAUAUAUUCUUGAUUGGUAGCAAUAUGCUGAAAAGCCAUAAUGUUGCAAGUAAUUUUAUCCCACAUGUUUAAAAAUCCAUUUCUGGUCAUUUUAGAAAUGUUAUAAAUUACCUUUUGUCCUAAUAAUUUUUUAGAAACUUUCCUAACCUUUUGGACUCAUUUAAUCUUUUAUUACCAAGUUGUUGAAGGUGAUAAUGGGGAGUUCAAGUAACCAACCAUUUGAUAUCUUUGAUACUGUUUGGCUUUUAACCAAUUCCUGCUGUGAAUUCACCAUCUUAAAUGUCUCCAAAGACCUUCAACUUUGUGUUUGAUAUAAGCAAAUGGAGAAUUUUAUCACUGGAUUAAAAAAGAAAGCUGUCAGUAAUAAUUUCUGAGUUAAUACUUUGCAUGAAUAGCCCAAAUAUAUUUGAAUUUUAACUUGUAUUUACUUAGUGUUACAUAUAGCUAAAACUCCUCUGUGAAGACAGUGUAUGGACCAUUAAUUUCAUUCUGCAGGAUUUUUUAUAUAAUGUCAGUUUGUGAAUCGUUUUGAAUACACAAUGUAUAUGAAUAUACAUUGGUCUUUAAUUAUUUUGAGUUUCUUUCCAAAUGUUCUUUUUUCUAAAAAAAGUUGUUUGUUUGUUUUUUGUUGGUUUUUUUUUUUUUUUUUUAGAGAGCAUGCACAAACAGGGAAGAGGUAGAGAGAGAGGGAGAGACAGAAUGUCAAGCAGGCUCCAUGCUGUCAGCACAGAGCCCGACAUGAGGCCCAGACCCACAAACUGCGAGAUCACGACCUGAACUGAAAUCCAGAGUCGGACACUUAACUGAGCCACCCAGGCGCCCCUCCAAAUGUUCAUUUUUGCCACUUUUAUAUCUUCUUUGGUGAAGUGGUCAAGUCUCUUGCACUAUUUUUAAAAUUUGGAUUAUUUGAUAUGAGGGGUUAUGAGUAUUUAUAGUGGAUGUAAAUAAUUUGCAAAUAUUUCUUCCUCUUUCUAGGAUACCUUUUCAUUUUCUGAACAGUAUCUUCUAGUGGGAUAUUUUGGGGUGGCACAUUUUCCACCCUUCAGUGGAUUCUAAAAACCAUGCAGAAUGCACAGAUCUUGGCAACUGACUAGAUAAUAGGGCUUGAAAAAGAUAAAAAUCUUGGAGAUAGUGGAAUAACUAACAGCAGUAGGGAAGAAAUUGAAGUCAUUUAGGAUAUAUUGAAAUUGAGAUUCCUGGUGAUAUUCAUGUAGAAAUGUACUUUCUGUUCCCUCAACUUAGAACCCUUUAUUUCUGGAUCUUCCCACAGCUGACUCAUUUUUUUGUCAUUCAGGUCUCAGUGCAAAUAUCACCUCCUAAAAUAGGCCUUCCCUGGCCAUCUUAUCUAAUGUUGCAACCCCUUCUAAACAUCACACUGUUUAUUAUAUUACUGUUUCACUUUCUUUUUAGCUCUUUACCUGGAGUCAUCUUACCAUAUAUUUGCUCCUUAUUACCUAUCACUCUGCCAGAAAGAAAGCUCCAUUAGGACAGGAUCCUCUCCUGUCUUGGUCCAGUGUAGCAUAAAAGUUUCCCUCUCUGAAUUAACUGUGGUUCCUGACUUGUCAUAUUCCUUUGGAUCUUUUUGGAUCCUUCACUUCCCAUUCUUUCAGAGUCAUAAGCUAUUCUUAAUAUUUAAAGUUGAUUCAGGGGUGCCUGGGUGGCUCAGUCGAUUAAGUGUCCGACUUCAGCUCAGGUCAUGAUCUUAUGGUUCUUGAGUUCAAGCCUUGCAUCAGGAGUGGAACCUGCUUGGAAUUCUCUCUCCCUCUCUCUCUGCCCCUUUCCCACUUGCACACUCUCUCUUGCUCUCUCAAAAUAAAUAAGUAAACUAAAAAAGAAGUAAAAAUUAAGAAAAUAAAAAUAAAAUUGAUCCAGAAGUUAUAGUUAAAGAAAAAUAUAAAUUGCAUUUUUGUUUGAGCCUUAACCUAGAGGUCAGAAGGUUAUCAUUAAUAAUCUGUAAAGGGUCUUAUCAGUUAUGUUUACCUCUUUCUUCUCACUGAUUUCAGGUAAUUUGUAUUGAACUUUAAUUGAUGACCAGUAAAUAUAGGAGGACUUAAUUUUUACUACUUCAUACCAAGAAAUCCUAGCCAUCUGCAAACAGAAUUAGAUAUCUUAAUGAGUUAACAUUUCUCAGUCUCUCCCUCUAAAAAACACUGCAGACCUUUACACUUCAUUGUCCUCUGUUUUACAGAGUAAGAAAGUUAGCUUGAGUUCUGUGAAAAAACAGAGAAGAAAAGCUAAGAGGAUAGUAGACUAGUGCUUUCCAAUUUGCAUAACGUAAGUUCUUUUCACUAUUCUUGGCUUGAAUCUUCUGUUAGCUGACAAAGCUGUUUCUAUGGAAACAAAUAGUCCCAACUUCUUAGAAUGUUAGAGGAAUGCUGAUCACUUUAAAUGAGACUUCCCAGCUGCUAGUCAAAGGGCAUUACUUGUGGGAGUAGGGGAGGAAGGAUGAAUUGGAAAAAAAAAAAAAUUUUUUUUUUUUUUGAGUUCUGGACACUAGUGUAGACAACCAUCUUCAUAUUCCCCAGCUGUCACACAAAUGUUUCUCUUGGUGUGGAGUUUUCAGUGGGCCUCCAUCCCUGAGGCUAUUUCAGGCCUCCCAAUCUUAAUGAUUUGUAAUUAUUUGAAGCUUAUUUAGCUUCCUUUUACUCCCUUCUCCUAUAGCCAACUCACAUAAGCAAAGCUCUUUUUUCCCCUGCUGGUUUGAAGUUAGCAUUGAAACAACUUUGGCCUGCCAACCUGAAAGUUCAUUUUCUUGUUUUUUGGACUAUGUAAAGAUUUUUAACUUUUCUUUCUUUUUUCUUUUUUCUUUCAUGAGCACGGGUGUGAGCUGGGAGUCUGAUGAGGAUUUGAAAUGUGGGCUUUUGAGGCAUUUUAAAAACAAUUUAUGGGGCACCUGGGUGGUUCAGUCAGUUAAGCGUCUGACUUUGGCUCAGGUCAUGAUCUCACCUUUCAUGAGUUUGAGUCAAGCAUCAGGCUCACUGUUGUUGACACAGAGCCCGCUUCAUAUCUUCUGUCCCCCUCGCUUCCAUUCCUUCCCUCUCUCUCAAAAAUAAAAUAAAAUGUUAAAAAAGUAAAUAAAAAUAAAAAUAAUUUACAACUAGAAGAUUGAGAAGAGAGGAAUACUCUAAGGGCCAGGAAUUUGUAACUACAUUAUCUGCAUAAGGUGGUCUUUUAUUUACAUAUAAGGAGGUAAUUCUUUAUUUCAGUUAUUUACCAGUUUCUCAAUUGUCAAAGGACUUUCUCUUUUUCUUCCUUGUGUGUGUGUGUGUUUGUGUGUGUGUGUGUGUGUUUUGGAGAGGGAGAGUAUUAAUUCCUUUGGACUGCCACAUUUUAUUGUGUGUGUGUGUGUAUUUUGGAGGGGGAGAAUAUAAUUCCUUUGGGUUGUCACAUUUUAUUGAUGUGUAUUGACUACAUAUAUGAGCUGGAGUACAGUGUGUUUGAGAAUUAUGAUCUUGAUGCUAGAACCGUAGGAUGUAGCAUAAUGUUUCUUUGAUUCUGGAAUAACUUUUGAAACAUUCAUGGCCCUUAUGAAUUAACUUGUGAGCAUUACAAAGUCUUUUGGAGUGUUUGAUGAGAUCAUUAUUUAAUUGAGGUGGUCUAGAAAGGUUUCUUAAAGGAAAUGGGGGUUGAGGUAGAUCUUAAAGGCAGGAGAUGAAAGGAGAAGCAUAUCCUAUUUCUUAUUUCAUAAGGCACUUGGGCAGGAAGAAAAAAGAUAAGGGAUAGGCAUAAAAAGGAAGCUAACUUAGAAGGUUUAUGCAGGAAAAGUAGUAAAAGAUAGAAAGUUUGGAUUUACCUUGUGAGUUGGGACUCUGUUCUGUAGGCAAUAUGAAAGCCAUCAGAGGUAUUGAACAGAGGAGUGAUUUGCUCAAAUACUGAAAUAAGCAUUUAUUCCUUAUUAGAUAUCCCUUACUAGGUGAAUAAGACAGUGCAAUCACCUUGAAAUUAAUGUGUCCAAAACUAAACCCAUAUUACUCUUCAAUUUCUGUCCUCUUCUAUCUAAUUAUUCUCCUGUAUUCUCCAUCUUAAUGAUAUUUGCCACCUACUAACCCAAAGAUAGUUGUCCUGGAGUCAUACUGCUUGGGUUCCUAUUCUGAAGCCUUCCUGUUUGCUUGGCCCCUAUGCUGGGCAAUAUCAUGGAUCUAGAGAUAAGUCAGUGUGGUAUCUGACCUUGAAAUGCUUCUAGUCUGAUGGGGCAGACAGAGAUACAAAUAGCUGUAGUCUAGGUUGAUCAGAGAUGUGAUAGGAAUUGUGGGAUUCCAGAACAGGCAUAUAACCAGUUUGGGGAGGCCUAGAAAUUUGGACGAGGAUGUAUUUGAGACUUUUGAAAGGAGACUAGGCAGGGCACCUGGGUGGCUCAGUUUGUUAAACAUCUGACUUAGGCUCAGGUCAUGAUCUCACAGUUCCUGGGUUCAAGCUCUGCAUCAGACUCUGUGCUGACAGCUCAGAGCCUGGAUCCUGCUUCAGGCUCUGUGCCCCUCCCCUGCUCGCACCCUCUCUCUCUUCUCUCUCUCUCUCAAAAAUAAAUUUAAAAAAAUUAAAAAAUAUUAAAAGGAGAGUAGGAAAGGAUUAGAUCCUAAGUAGUCUGAUUCUGGAGCGUGUUUUCCUAACCAUUAUGUUGUCUUGGGUAACUGGGUAGGUAUAAUGGCAUUAAUUAAAAUUGAGAGUAGCAGAGGAGGAUUAAAGAGAAUAUGAGGGGAUUAAAGGGAAAGAAUGAGUAUAACUCUGGACGCAUUAAUUUCUAGAUCCCUGAGGACCUUUUGGUAGAUAGGCUAAUGGUCAGGAAUCCUAUCUGUAUAACUGUAUGUAGUACCUAGCCAAGAAUAAAUGCUUAUUUAUAUUUAUGUAUGAAUCACUCUUUUCUAAAUCUUUGAUGGCUUUCUUACUGUCUUGAGAAUUAAGGACUUUAUUUAAGACCUUCCUUAAGUUGGACCCAAGCAAACUUUCUAGCCACUAUUCUCUUGUACAAGCUGACUGCUUUAGUUCAACUAGCCUUAUUUGUACUUUUCCCACACCUUUUGUCUUCCAGUCUUUUUGUUCAUAUGGCCUCUUUUUUAUUUCUCCAUUUUAUCUUCAAGACCUACUUCCUCAUCUACAAAAUAGGCAUAUUUGGAACUGUAUUUAGAGUAGUAAUGAGGAUUACUAAAUGAAUGAAUACUGUGUAAAGUGUUUGCAAUAUUCUCCAGCAUGUAAGUGCUCAGUAAAUGUUAAAGUUGUAAUUGUUACUACUACUACUACUGCUACUGCUACUGUUGCUAUUACUACUUCUUUCUUCUCCUCUUCUCUUUCUUGACUCUUUUGGCUAUAUGAAAUAAAGACGCCAAUUUUUAGCAAUUCUAUAACCUAUAUAUUUUUUUAAUAUAACUUUUCUUCAUCACUUUCUUAAUUCAGUACCCCAUUUCUUACAGUUGCCUUCAAACUGGUCUCAUUACCACCCUUCAGUCUUGUACACUUCUACCAGAGUGAUAUUUCUGAAAAAGCGAAUGUGAUCAUUUCAGCUCUGCUUUAAAUCCUAUAAUAAUUCUUACUACUUUAAGGAUAAAGAUCAAAGUCUUUAGCUCUUAAAUUCUCUGGCCCCCUGCUUGCCUUUGCAGUUUUAUCAUUACUCAUGUAUGAUAUGCUCUCAUUGUCAAAUCCAGACUAUUGCAUUCUGUUCUGUUUUCUGCAAGUGCCAUAUUUUCAUACUCUUCAUUCUUAUUGGUCAUGUGAUUCCCUCUGCUUGGAACAGACUCUUCUUUUAAAGAUUUUUUUUUGGUGUUUUAUUUAUUUUUGAGGGAGAGACAGCACGUGAGUAGAGGAGGGGCAGAGAGAGAGAGGGAGACAAAGAAUUCAAAGCAGGCUCCAGACUCUGAGCACAGAGCUUGUGGGGCUUGAACCCACAAACUGCAAAAUCAUGACCUGAGCCGAAGUUGGACGCUCCACCAACUGAGCCACACAGGCACCCCUGGAACAGCUCUUCUAUCUGGCCAGUUUUUUGUUGUUCUUUGAAAUGUUGCUCAAAGAAAUGUAUCCUUAUGUUUUGCGUAUUUGCUGUGACUCCUUACCAUAUACUGAGUUUUAGAGUCUGUGGUCUGUGCGGUCCUCUGAAUUUCUGACAUUGUUACUUGAACAGGUAUUUACUGGGCAUUCUCUUUAUGAUAUGCGUUGUGUUAAGCACUAGGGAGUAUAAAAAUAAGACCAGACUCCUGUCUUUAAUGAAUUUAGAAUCUAAUGAGGAGAAACCAACUGGGGAAGAAUAAUCAUUCAUUUUCUUUGCUCUCUCUCCCAGUAGAAUGAACACUCCAAGGGAAAUGACCAAAAUGGAAUUUUAAAUGGAUUAAUAUCAGGUUGCAGAAAUUUUUCUGAGAGUAAGAGAUUAGAUUGAGAAAGACAAGUAUGCUAAUAGUCCAAGCAUGAAAACCCUGACCCAGAUCACCUGGCCCAGUCUCUCUUGCAUGAGCUAUAAUCACCCCCUCCCUGAUGAUCUGUUAUGGUGAAUAUGGACACAGCCUUACAAUUUUUAUGCUGAGAGUUUUAAUUUCAGAUCAUAAUUUUGUAGAAUAGCAUUAAGGCAAAAAUUACAUUAUUCAUUAUUAAAUUUGAUUUUUAAUAUCCAGUAAAUAUUAUAAUUAGAGGAAGAGUUCAGACUUUUAUUUUUCUGGAAAUAUGCAUACUCCUAAAUUUUUAAAAUCAAAAUUAAGUAUAGCACUACAGUAACUCCCACAUAAAUUUCUGCUUAGGUGUAAUGAGAACUUAAAUAGGCUGAAUUUGCAUUACAUAUAGUCAAUAUAUAAAACUUAAGAAUAGCCUAAUGUGGGGUGCCUGGGUGGCUCAGUUGGUUAGGCAUCUGAUUUUUGAUUUUGGCUCCUGUCGUGAUCUCAUGAUUCAUGGGUUCGAGCCCUACAAUGGGCUCUGUGCUGAGAGCACGGAGCCUGCUUGGGAUUCUUUCUCUUCCUUUCUCUCUGUCUGUGCCCUGGCCAUGCUUUCUCUGUCUCAAAAUAAAUAAAUAAAUAAGGAAAUAAAAUAGCCUAACAUAAUUCUGAUAGUUCUCAUCUUAAUGAAAAAGAAGGCAAUCUAAUUAUAAGGUGUUUAUGUGUAAGUCACAUAAUUAUAAAAAGAGAAGUUAAAAUUUGGAUAUAAGAAAAGUCUACCAAAAUUCUUGUGAAAAUGUAAUUCUGGUGACUUAUGUAGCUUGCAUCUGUUCUCCUGCUUGUUGGUCUAGUGGUUUACCUCAUAUUCUAGGUAGGUUUAAGAAGUCUGUGACAAGGUGUUUGUUGGACAGAAGAUUGGCUGGCAUUUAGGAAUAUUAUCUGAAAACUCUGCUUUUGCUGAGUCGGCAUGUCCUCUAACCAAUCUAUUUACUGAAGUGAUGUUCAACUCAAGGAGGAAGCAGAUUUAUUAUUGUAAAUAUUUUUAAAAUCUUGAGCAGAGAAGACUAAUUAGACUUAAUGUGUGGGUUUACACAUAUACAAACAGUCUGCCUGUUUAUGCCUAAGAAAUAGCUUGAUGAAAAGCCAGUGUCAUCCAUGAAAUAUUUUUCUUGUCUAAAGUAUGUUGAAGGAGGGGCACCUGGGUGACUCAGUUGGUUGAGUGUCUGACUCUUGAUUGCAGCCCAGGUAAUGAUUCCAGGGUCAUGGGAUCAAGCCCCGUGUCAGUCUCUGCACUGAGCUUGGAGCCUGCUUAAGAUUCUCUUUCUCCCUUUGCCCCUCUCCCCAGCUCCAGCUAUCCCUCUCUCUAAAAAUAAAAAAUAAAAAUAAAAAAUAUGUUGAAGGAUUUUUAAAAUAAGAGAAUCAAAUUUAUACUAAGAAUUAGUAUACAUAUAUAUAUUCUUUAGUUUUAAAACUUACAUACACUAUCUCAUUUAAAACUCAGAAUAAUCCUAUGAAUAAAUUUUCCAAAGGAAUCUAAGGUUCAGAGAGAGAAACUGACUAGUCUUAAGUCUUAAAGUUAGAGGAAGUGGCAGAGUCAAUUAAAAUUCAGUUUUCUGGUCUAUAAGUCCUGUAUCUUCUUUUUUUUUUUAAUCUUUAUUUAUUUUUGAGAGAGAGUGCGAGAGGAACAGAGAGGGACGGAGACACAGAAUCUGAAGCAGGCUCCCGGCUCUGAGCUGUCAGCAAAGAGCCUGACGUGUGGCUUGAACCCAUGAACUAUGAGAUCAUGAUCUGAGCCAAAGUCAGACGCUCAACUGACUGAGCCACCCAGGUGCCCCAAAGUCCUAUAUAUUCUUAUUUGCUGUACAGUGUGACUUUAAAGUUUUUUUGAGCAGUGACAGAUACUACCAUUUUCUCUGAAUGAAUCUUUGUAAAAAAUUAACUUUUAAUUCUUUUUUUAAUGUUGACUGGUUGUGAAUACUGAUAACCCACAUAUAUUUUUUCACUUAGUGUGGUUUUAUCCUAUAGAUGCCUUAGCUGCUAAUUAAGUUUCUUUUUCAUUAGGUAUCUCCUGCAUCUCAUGAACUCCUAAAAGUUAAUUGUCCUCCAUAAUACUGCCUUAAUCUCAAGUGAGCCACUAAUAUCGUUUGCUAUAUGCCAGUUUCUUUAGCAGUUAACUAGGAAGUUAUUUCAAUCUUGUGUAUUAAUUGAGUAUAAAGUACUGUACAAAGAUGUACAGUAUAGUAUAUAGUAUAGUACAACUAUACAGAGAUGACUAAAACAUCUUUAUACCUUAAGCAACCUAUUCUCUACUAGACUAGUACCUAAAACUUUCUUACUUUCCCGCUUUGCUAAACUUUCCAAUACAUGAUUUUCCUCAGCUAUAAAAAAAUGGUAUGCUUCAAAUUCCUGGGAGAGGAUUUUUUUAAAUAUUUGAUUUCCUCAGCAUUAUCUGUAAAAUGAAAAGAAAGUAAUAUGUAUAGCCAAAUGUACACUUAUGAGCUACUGUAUUGUGCAUAGAUUGGAAGUGUGCUGUGUAAAAUCUGUUUUUAUAUUGUAACUCUUACACUUUUUUUCCCCCAUUUUUCCCCUUAGAUUUCCUUCAUGGAUACAUUUCAUAGCAUUAUUAUGUGAUGUGAGAAGUUUUUUGUUUUUUGUUUUUUUGAAGUAACAUGGAUUUUAUACUACAGAAUCAAGAGAUUGGCUUUAUAGGAGAAAUUGAUUUAUAAAAAGUGGUACAGGUUUUUAUAGAUAACCAUGACAACAUCCCAUAUGAAUGGGCAUGUUACUGAGGAAUCAGACAGCGAAGUAAAAAAUGUUGAUCUUGCAUCACCAGAGGAACAUCAGAAGCAUCGAGAGAUGGCUGUUGACUGCCCCGGAGAUUUGGGCACCAGGAUGAUGCCAGUACGUCGAAGUGCACAAUUGGAACGUAUUCGGCAACAACAGGAAGACAUGAGGCGUAGGCGAGAGGAAGAAGGGAAAAAACAAGAACUUGACCUUAAUUCUUCCAUGAGACUUAAGAAACUAGCCCAAAUUCCUCCAAAGACUGGAAUAGAUAACCCUAUAUUUGAUACAGAGGAAGGAAUUGUCUUAGAAAGUCCUCAUUAUGCUGUGAAAAUAUUAGAAGUGGAAGACUUGUUUUCUUCACUUAAACAUAUCCAACAUACUUUGGUAGAUUCUCAGAGCCAGGAGGAUAUCUCACUGCUUUUACAACUUGUACAAAAUAAAGAUUUCCAGAAUGCAUUUAAGAUACACAACGCUGUCACAGUACACAUGAACAAGGCCAGUCCUCCUUUUCCUCUUAUCUCCAAUGCACAAGAUCUUGCACAAGAGGUACAAACUGUUUUGAAGCCAAUCCACCAGAAGGAAGGACAAGAAUUAACUGCUUUGCUGAAUGCUCCACAUAUUCAGGCACUUUUAUUGGCCCAUGAUAAGGUUGCUGAGCAGGAAAUGCAGCUAGAGCCCAUUUCAGAUGAGAGAAUUUAUGAAAGCAUUGGCCAAUAUGGAAGAGAAACUGUAAAAAUAGUUCGUAUCGAAAAGGCUCGAGAUAUUCCGCUGGGUGCUACAGUUCGUAAUGAGAUGGAUUCUGUCAUCAUUAGUCGGAUAGUAAAAGGAGGUGCUGCAGAGAAAAGUGGUUUAUUACAUGAAGGAGAUGAAGUUCUGGAGAUUAAUGGCAUUGAAAUUCGAGGGAAAGAUGUCAAUGAGGUUUUUGACUUGUUGUCUGAUAUGCAUGGUACUCUGACAUUUGUUCUGAUUCCCAGUCAACAGAUCAAGCCUCCUCCAGCCAAGGAAACAGUAAUCCAUGUGAAAGCUCAUUUUGACUAUGACCCCUCAGAUGACCCUUAUGUUCCGUGUCGAGAGUUAGGUCUAUCUUUUCAAAAAGGCGAUAUACUUCAUGUCAUCAGUCAAGAAGAUCCAAAUUGGUGGCAAGCCUAUAGAGAAGGGGACGAAGAUAAUCAACCUCUAGCUGGGCUUGUUCCAGGGAAAAGCUUUCAGCAGCAAAGGGAAGCUAUGAAGCAAACCAUAGAGGAAGAUAAGGAGCCAGAAAAAUCAGGAAAACUAUGGUGUGCAAAGAAGAAUAAAAAGAAGAGGAAAAAGGUUUUAUAUAAUGCAAAUAAAAAUGAUGAUUAUGACAAUGAAGAGAUCUUAACUUAUGAGGAAAUGUCACUUUAUCAUCAGCCAGCAAAUAGGAAAAGACCUAUCAUUCUGAUUGGUCCACAGAACUGUGGCCAGAAUGAAUUGCGUCAGAGGCUCAUGAACAAGGAAAAAGACCGCUUUGCAUCUGCGGUUCCUCAUACAACUCGGAGUAGGCGAGACCACGAAGUAGCUGGUAGAGAUUACCACUUUGUUUCACGGCAAGCAUUUGAGGCAGACAUAGCAGCUGGAAAGUUCAUUGAACAUGGUGAAUUUGAGAAGAAUCUGUAUGGAACCAGCAUAGAUUCUGUACGGCAAGUGAUCAACUCUGGCAAAAUAUGUCUUUUAAGUCUUCGUACACAGUCAUUGAAGACUCUCCGGAAUUCAGACUUGAAACCUUAUAUUAUCUUCAUUGCACCCCCUUCACAAGAGAGACUUCGUGCAUUAUUGGCCAAGGAAGGCAAGAAUCCAAAGCCUGAAGAAUUGAGAGAAAUCAUCGAGAAGACUAGAGAGAUGGAGCAGAACAAUGGGCACUACUUUGACACGGCAAUUGUGAAUUCAGAUCUUGAUAAAGCCUAUCAAGAAUUGCUUAGGUUAAUUAACAAACUCGAUACUGAACCUCAGUGGGUGCCAUCCACUUGGCUCAGGUGAGGGAAACAUCCGUUCUGUGGCGUGAUUGGACCUGAUCUGGCAGCCUACCACUAGGAAGAUAGCCUUGAUACUUCAGCAAGACCCUGAGUACAGGUGGAAGGCCAAAUAAGCUAUUCUUUGAUCUCAAACUAGGGAGAAGAAAAUCCCCUUAGGCAAUUUGUUCAUAGCGGUUAUUAUUCUGUAUACAUGGCUUCAGAGGUUCUUGGCUCCUUUGGGGAUUCUAAAUGGAAGCUUUCAACAGACCAGUUCCAUUUUAUCCAUGUAAAAACUUUAAUUCUGUUUUCACCUAACUAAAUCUUUUCUGCCUGGCCCUAGUUCCAUGAAAAACUUGUGGGACUAUACCCAACGGGCCAUAUCUCACAUAGUUAUAAAUAUUGAUGCUAUUUAACAGUUAAAGGACUUUGUGGGAAUUGGGGGGAUGGGGACUGUGCUUCUGUGCACUGGGCAAGACAGUAUUUGGUUAGAAGGCUGGUUUUGUCAUCAGAAAUCGUUUCCUGGGGAUUCCUAGCUGGCUCAGUUGGUGGAGCAUGAGACUGUUGAUCUCUGGAGCACCACACUGGGUGUAGAGAUACUUUAAAAAAUGUGUUUUCCUGAAAAGUAAGAAAAAUGGUGCCACUUUGGUCUCAAGCUACUCUGUUAGGCUUGAAUUCAUUUGUGUGUCUUUUAAUUCUUAAAACAUUCCGUUAGAAACAUCAGUUUUUUAGCUACUUUGUGGAUCAGAUUUCACUGCACAUUCAACAGAUUCUGAUCUAGUUAAACUUACACAGCAUAUGCUGAUCUUUUUAAAACUGUCACAACUGAUUCUAUAACCUUGCUUUCUUUAAUCGUAUAGUACAAUAGAAUGUAUAAGUUACACUUAUGAAUGGCAGAUGGUCAUAAACUGUUGAUCGUUUCUUCCUCAUGAUGCAAGUAGUUUUUCAUAUUCAUGAGAAGACAGCACAUUCGACAGUUUUUGCAUUUUUAUACAUGAGCACAGUAGAAUUUGAGGACUAUGCCAUAUAGGUAAUAAACUGGAAUUCUGUGAUGAAUAUAGCUGCUGUACUGUAUACUGAUAUUUAAUAGAUUGACAAAUGGUUAUUGAUAACACUCAUUCAGCAUUGGAAUAAAACUAUAUCCAAGGGGAAAUGCUAGAACAAUUGACUUUGAGAUCACAAGGAAAGGAUGACCUGAAAGUCAUUUGAGCAUUGUAGGAAAAGAACUUGGGGGGGGGGGGGGGGGGCGGGUUAAGCAUAUAGAAACAGGUUUUUAUCCUAUCACGUUCUGCCUCUUAUGACCAGAAUGCAGCAGCUUGCUACACCAUAAAUGUUUAAGCUAAUGGGAUUUUCAUACUAUCUCUAUAGCUGUAGCUUUAAAUUUUAACUUCUGUAAUUGGCAUGGAAAGUUAUUUUGUAGUCUUUUCAAGCCUUUAGGGAUGGUGUGAUGUGUGUCAAAUGACCUCAAAUGUGAAUGUCUUGAUUUUAUUUUUAUGAUGACUUUAGCUACAGCAUUUCCUGUUCCCAAAGCUAAACACUGGAAUAACAUGGAGUUGUCACUUAAUUUAACAUAAGCAAUUGUUUUUAAGGUGUUUUUCUUGGUGUCGUGUAUGUAUUUGAUUUCUGUGUAAUUUUAUUUGAACAAAUGUAGAUAGUUUAUGUUGCUGUUUCCUGUUCAAAUUUGCAUGGCCUUGAAGUUGGCUGCAAUGUGUCUUAUGUGGAAAUUCUUCCUAAGGAAAGGUUAUCUUGAAAGUAACAUUCCUGGGUUAAGGGAAGGAAUGCCACACAUACUAUUUUUCAGGUCUGAAACACUCCAGCUUCGGGCAGUGAAAACCAAGGAAUAUUAGCACUUAACUCUUCAGUUCUCCAGUGUACCUUUCAUUCCUUAGGCGAAAGUAGUCUGUGGUAGACAGUGGAGUUUUUUGAGCUGCUUUUCAUAAGACUGUUUUCAGCCCUAGCAUCUAAAAUGGUGGCAGUUUAAGUAGCUCUUGUGCCAGUUCCUAAGCCUGCAGGCUUUAAAAGCAAAUCUCUUACCAAGGCACAUGCCAUGUCAAAGUAUACUUUUUGAGGGUCAGUGAAGUCCUAUAGAUCUCAUUAGCACUGGUAGAGGGAUAGAAAUGUUCACAUCCCAAACUUUUUUCAGUCCCAGUAACAUGGAUGUAUCGUGUUGAUAUUCAACAGAGCAUCCCCCUACACAAAGUGAAAACUUAGUUGUUUUUGACUUCCUUAAAAAAAAAAACAAAAAACCUUGUUAUACACCCAGUUGUCUAACUGCUCUGGCCACAGUUCACUUCCUGUCCCUUGUGGUUCUGAUUGGCGACUCCAGUGUGGGAGAGGUCUUAUCCACUUAUAGAAUGGUAUCAAUAGCUAUAAAAAUGCAUAUUAGUUCAAAUAAGGAAAUCUCUUCCUUUGCUAAAUUUUCAUAAGUCACAACAACUGGAAAGGAAAACAGUACUUAACACUAAUUCAGAUUUGCUUUAUAUGAAAAAUGUAAUGUCUGGAUUUUUUUUCCUUAUGGCCUAAGGAAUAUUGAUAAGGAAUAAUUUGAAUGUAAUUUUCUGAAUGUGUAUGGAAAAUACAAACCAGGGAUUUAGCCUUAAUAAAAGGUAACCAUUCUUGACAUCUAUUGUUAAUCCUCCUUUGUACUCUUAUCUCAUAUCUGCACUCUUAUUUUGAGUUGUCCUACUGCACACUGUCUUGUAAAAACAAAAGUAAAAUUAUAUUUCAAAUAAAACCAUUGAGUAA